AUGUCAUUCCCACCACCACACGCGCCACCGCCGACGGGAUUCCCGCCUCAGCCAGCCCAGUCACAACCGACGACCACAACAGCAGCGGCACCACCGCUCCAGCCGCCUCCGCUCUCUGGGACCCUUGCUCCCCCACCGCUCCAGCCCCCACCUCUCGGCAACAGCUACAGCGGCGGCAACAGCUACAAGAUGCCUCCCACCACCAGCACAUCACAGCCGCGUCCGCCGGCAACGAAUGGCGGCCUCUCAGCGCCACCCACGUUCAGCACAAGCGCGGGAAGCAACGGCUACAGCGCACCUCCCACCAUGCCACCUCCCACACUUGCUUCUGCAUCGCAACCACCGCGAAUGGCACAGCCACCUCCGCCAAUGUCGCAACCACCAUCCAUGUCGCAACCCCCACCCAUGUCUCAGCCUCCGCCAAUGUCGCAACCACCAUCCAUGUCGCAACCCCCACCCAUGUCUCAGCCUCCGCCAAUGUCGCAGCCUCCAACCAUGUCGCAGCCUCCAACCAUGUCACAGCCUCCAACCAUGUCACAGCCUCCAACCAUGUCUCAACCUCCAACCAUGUCUCAACCCCCACCGCUGUCUCAACCCCCACCGCUGUCUCAACCCCCACCGCUGUCACAGCCACCACCCAUGUCUCAACCUCCACCCAUGUCACAACCGCCCACGGCGACGACAACAGCAACAGCAACAGCAACCGCAUCCAUGAUGCCACCGCCGCUGCAUGUACAGCCACCCGUCUUCCACCCGCCGCCAAUGUCGCACUCAGCAACAGCGGCACCAACGACAGCAGCACCACCGCCGCCACCACCAACAACGGCGCCCGCGCCCCAGCCUGGUGCCGCCGCCUUCACGCAGCAGCCACCAACAAGCCAGCCGCCAAGCGUGCAGACGUCGUUGCCGCCGCCGCCGCUGUUCUCGGCCCAGCCAGACCCGGGUGCACAAGGCCCUGCCCGCCGCAUGUCCGCAUCCACAGGCGCGCACCCCGUCAUGAACCAGACUGCGCCCACGCGUGCAGACGCGCCGACAAACAUCCUGGGGCAGCGCAACAUACUGCCGGCAGCACCCGCGCGGCCGCCACGUGCGCAGCCGCUGUCUGACUCGCAGCGGCGGGCCAACUGCGACCCGAAGUUCAUGCGGGCGACGAUCAACGCCAUGCCGGAGACAUCGUCGCUGCUCUCGCAGUGCCGCCUCCCACUCGCCCUCCACCUCAACCCCUUUGGCGAGGAUGUGCCGGUGAUGAGUGGUCUCCCCAUUGUCCGCUGCCGCAGCUGCCGCACAGACUUUUUUUACGACCGCGUCAAGGCAGGAGAGCUCGUCGACCGAGCGGGACGGCCCGAUCUCAACACGGCCUCUGUCGAGUACAUUGCGCCGUCAGACUACAUGGUGCGGCCGCCCCAGCCGUGCGUGUUUGCGUUCUGCAUCGACGUGUCGUCGCCUGCGGUGGUGUCUGGGAUGGUGGCGGCGGUGUGCAAGGCGCUGCUGGAGAACCUGGACCGCCUGACUGGCGAUGAGCGCACGCGUGUCGCCAUCAUCACCUUUGACAACACCGUCCACUUUUACAACCUCAACGAGAAGUUGGCGCAGCCGCAGAAGCUCGUGAUGACGGACAUUGACGACCCAUUCCUGCCGUAUUCCAUGGAAGACCUCCUUGUCUCCCUCAACGACUCAAAGGAGCUUGUCAAGUCGCUGCUUGAGUCCAUCCCGGACAUGCACGCGCGUCCGCUGUCGAGCGACACGUGCACGGGCGCCGUCCUCAAGGCCGCCCGUCUCCUCAUGGGCGGAAUCGGCGGCCGCAUCUCCGUCUUCCAGACUGGCCGUCCCUCCAUUGGGCCUGGCGCCAUUCCCGACACGCAGCCGCCAAACCCAAUGUACGACCCUCUCCCCCCCCCCCCAAAAUACAAAACACGCCGCUGCAUGCGUGCAAGCAAGCGAGCGGGUGUGCGAUGUGGUGUUGAGGCGAGUCGGUGCCAGCUCGCUGUUGACGUGCUUCUGUUUGGACCGGGCGAGCACGCCAUCGCCACCGUUGGCCAAGCGUGCCAGUUUGGGGGCGGUUCCCUGCUGCACUUCCCUGGCUUUACGCAACACAGCGCCAGCGAGCUUGCGCGUGUGCGUAAAGAUCUGCAGCACUAUCUGACGCGCCCGCUCGGACUGGAGGCCGUCCUGCGUGUGCGCACGAGCAAAGGCAUCACCCUCGACAACUUCCACGGCCACUUCUUCGUCAGGGCCCAGGAUCUGCUGGCGCUUGCGAAUGUGUCGCCGGACAACGCAUACACGGUGCAGCUGAAGAUUGACGACAAGCAGGCGCAGCCCAUCUCGUACAUGCAGUCUGCCCUCCUGUACACGGGCAGCGAUGGCACCCGUCGCAUCCGCGUGCACACACUCGCGCUCCCCGUUGUCCGCGACCACGCCUCUGUCUACGCCCACGCCGACCAAGUGGCAAUCCUCUCCCUCCUCGCAAAGCUCGGGGUUGACCGGGCGCGGGCGCAGAAGACCUCGGAUGCGCGCUUGGCCAUGCACAACUUCCUCGUCGACGUCAUCAAGGCAUACAGGAAGCACUGCGUCGCAAACUUCCCAUCAGGACAGCUGGUGCUGCCGGAACAGCUGAAGCUCCUUCCCAUCUACAUCCACGCCCUCAUGCGCCACGAUGCGUUCAUUGCGGGCAACAGCAUCCCGCUUGACGCGCGGUGUGCCGCCAUGAUGAAACUCAAGACCAUCCCAAUCAAGUACUUUAUCGACUACGUGUAUCCGCGCAUGUACUCGCUGCACGACAUGGCUGAGCGCGUUGGGCUGAAGGACGAGCGGUCCCGCCUACCCAUGCCCGUGCUGCUGCACCUCUCCUCGGAGAAGCUGUCGCGUGGUGGCCUGUACAUGCUCGUCAACUCGGAGCGGCUGUUCAUCUUUGUCAAGAGCGACGCCACGCCCGCCCUGCUGCAGGACGCGUUUGGCGUCCCCGAUGUGGCCCAGAUUGACCUCGACAUGGUGGCGUUCCCGCGGACGGACUCAGUGCUGAAUGAGAAGAUCCGCAACAUCAUUGCCGGUCUGCAGAACCUGUACCCGUUCCACACGCCAAUCACCGUCAUCCCAGAGGCAACCCGCUCCCGCGAUCACUUUCUCAGAUACAUGUUUGACGACCGCGGCCCGUCGUCGCUGUCGUACUACGAAUUCCUCAGCGCCGUUCACGCAGAGGCCUCCCGAUAA